ACUCCUAUUCUCCACAAAAAAUGUAGAAUAACACACCUAUAAAAAUGGUGUUAACAUAUCCUGCUAGGAUGUUUUUAUCAUGUUAUAUAUCAUCGCAAAAACGGCUCUGUUACCGUACCCUGCUUAUUACAGUAUCGCCAUGCAACAAUACACCCAGUAAUCGGAAUUUUUGCACAGGUUAUUAUCCUAAAGAACAUCGUAAUAUUUCAAGGCAUAGUGGUUGUAUAAAGAAUGAUUCCAAUCGUUGCCAUAUUAGGCAACUACAUACCUCCAGAACUAGAAAGAAUAAGGAUCCGUAUUCGGUACUUGGAGUUAGCAGAAAUGCUACUAAUGAUGAGAUUAAAAGAAAAUUCAGGGAAUUGGCAAAGAAAUAUCACCCAGACUUAAAUCCGUCACCAGAUGCAAAACAGAAGAUGGCUGAAAUAUCGAGCGCAUAUGAGCUUUUGUCUGACCCAAAGAAAAGACAGGUUUAUGAUCAAACUGGUAUGAACGCUGGUGAUGGCGGAUAUGAUCCAACAGCUGGUUUUAGCGGUUUUGGUGACUCUUCAUUUAUGUUCACCGAUUUUGCUGAAAUGUUCUCGAGAAUGGCAGGGGGACAUGGAAAUAACAACCCAUUUACGGGUACCUCUCGUGGUGAUGACAUACAGACUGAAAUUACUAUAUCAUUUAUGGAAGCUGUGAAGGGUUGCUCCAAGAAUAUUAAUAUACCAGCAAGGGUGGCAUGCGGUGACUGCAAAGGGCUAGGGAGACAACCAGGAACUAAUAUCGAGGUGUGCAAAGUUUGUAAUGGAACUGGAGUUCAACGUAUGGAAAGAGGGCCUAUAAUAAUAGGAGUCCCAUGUAGAAGUUGUAGCGGUACAGGACAGGUAAUUGCACAUCCAUGCCGUGCUUGCGGCGGAUCCGGUGAUAGAGCUCAGACUAAAUCGGUUAAUAUAAACAUACCAGCUGGAGUACGACAGGGUAUGCAAAUGAGAGUGCCAAAUCAGGGACACGUUGGCGUAAGGGGUGGGAAGAGUGGACACCUAUUUGUUAACAUCAAUAUACAACCGCACCAAAUUUUCAAGUGGAUUGAUGAUGAUAUACACGUUCACAUACCAAUAUCGCUCAAGCAGUGUCUACUAGGUGGUAACGUUGUAGUACCGACUUUAGAUGGACAUACCGAACUGACUCUCACGCCUAACAGUCAACCGUUCUUCAUUAAAACGUUGAUAAACAAAGGACCACCCAAAAUUGACAGCCGUAACAAUGGAAAUUUGAUCGUACAUCUGGAACUCAAGUUACCCGAUCAACUUACACCAAAACAAAGGGAACUUGUGGAAGAAUUCGACAAAGAAAGUUCUUCAUGCACCAAAGGACAAAAAGGUGUAAACAACCAAUCUAAUGGAACUGACAGUAACCGAUGGUGGAAAUGUGUCGUAGGCUCCAAUAAACACUAAACAUAAAUAUGUAACACAUUUGGCGAGUCAACGACACCAU